GAAAGCAGUGUUAAGAAGUUAAAAGUACCUACUGCGAAAGUACGUACACAAUUGAUUGUAUUGAUACCAUUAUAAUGAUUAUUAUGUAAUAUCCAAAUUUCUCUUUCUGAUUAGAAUAUCUAUAUAUAACUGACAAGAACAACUUCCGGGCAACAGUUCCGAUAGUGAAGUGCUGUGAAAAUGUUUCUAUUAAUAAUCAGUGUAUGGAUCAUAACUCCAGUGAAUUCCGAAACAUUUGAAGCUAUUUCAUACCAAAGUUACAACAGAUAUGACGUGCCUUUAUCUUACGCAUUCAAAUCAGUUCAUGAACAUGGAGUUCCGAAGCGAAACACCAAUAACAUACAAUACGCACCGUUGGUUUUAAAGCCCAAAGAUGAAAUUAGAGAUACAGACACGGAUACGGUAGAAGACAAUUACGAAGUUACUAAUAGGUAUGACAAUGUUCGGAGUAAAUUGGAGCCCCAUGAUUCUCAAGAAAGGAUGAACUACAAACAACAGAAAAUACCUGCCUUCGUGCCUGGAUACAACUAUCAAUUGAAAUCACCAAGGGUUAUAGAAGAUGAAAGAAUAUAUAGCGAAAAUAAUUAUAAUGAUAAUAAUGACCCAGAACAUCUCUUGAAUUAUAAGAAACCAGAAACAGAACAAAGAGGUCGCACGCCUUUCCCUCUGUUUGGAAAUUCUAAUAAUAAUUUCCCAGUAGCAGUGAAUGUGGCACAGGAAAUCAAACAUGUCGAUGUACCUCAUAACAAUCAAGUAUAUAGCAAUGGAAACGGGAAAAUAAGGACUCUUCCAACAUUGGAAAAUGACAAUAUUCAGCCCUAUAUGCUGGUUAAGACGCCGCGCCUCCAUCUGAACGUAGCUCGCGCGUAUCGCUUUAUUCAAGGCCCCCAUAAGGCGCCAGCCAAACUAAAUGAUUUUAAACUGCAAAAUUUAUCAUCUCAAAACAAAAUGAGUGAUCGGAAAACAUAUUUGCAACCAGUCUCAAACAAGCAUGUUCAUCUUUUACAUCGGGUCAAGUAAAUAAUAUAAAAUAAUGUAAUUAGAAUGUAAGAUAAAUUAUUAUUUUUUAA